AUGCCACCAUCAUCCCAGCAUCAGCCACCAUCAGCCCAGCAUCAGCCACCAUCAGCCCAGCAACAGCCACCGUCAGCCCAGCAUCAGCCACCGUCAGCCCAGCAUGAGCCACCAUCAGUCCAGCAUCAGCCACCGUCAGCCCAGCAUCAGCCACCUUAUACUUCUACCACUGGUGCUACUUCUACCACUGGUGCUACUUCUACCACUAGUUAUACUUCUACUACUGGUGCUACUUCUACUACUGGUGCUACUUCUACUACUGGUGCUACUUCUACUACUGGUGCUACUUCUACUACUGGUGCUACUUCUACUACUGGUGCUACUUCUACUACUGGUGCUACUUCUGCCACUAGUUAUGCUACUACUGCACAGACGCUGCUACUAGUCUACUACUGGUGA